GAGUCGUCAACAAAGUUGUUGAGCAAAGUGUUUCAGAUACGAUGCCUUGUGCUCUUGUUGUGCCUUUCACAAACUAAGUAUUUAACUUGAACUAACUUUCAAAAUGGUGAGAACAUUGGCAUCAAAAGUGACUAUGUUGCAAUGGUUUGUGGUGAUGCUGUUGUGUUGCGUGAAAGCUACAACCGUAAACCUAUGCCCAGAGCAGGAAUCGGUGGACAUCACCAACGGUACGAUGGAUGAAGCUGGACACGUCGAAUACAAUGGAGUGGUGUACAACUCUUCGCAGUAUUUUCAAGACGGAAACGAACGCAUAGGAUGCGUAUGUCUUGUACGUCAUUGUAUACGCGUAUGCGAGGCAGAAGAAUGGGCGAGCGAUGAGUCCAGACAUCUCUUUGCGAAUGUAUCCGACGCUGAUGGUGAAAGUUAUAGUAGAAUAGACCUGGCUGCAGACCAUCGAUACUACUUGAUUACGGAAAAAAGAAACUGUAGCGAAGAAUGGACGACGCUGAAAUAUUAUGAAGUGAACAUAACAUCGAAAGGAGAGCUUCAAGUGCAUACAUACUUUGGCGAAAUCAUAAAUAAUUAUCACCAAUUCUGUAUGGUACCGAAUAAAUAUACGGAUGAGUUCGACGCGUGUUACUUUAUGCCCAAACCGAGUGAUUUGCCGUAUACAAUAUAUGCCUUCGCCUUCCUAGUAUCUGUACCCUUUCUUGUGGCCACGUUUGUGGUGUACACUAUUCUACCGGAACUACAUAACGUGCCUGGCAUGUCAUUGAUGUGCUACGUGGCAUCACUCGCAGCAUCCUACCUACUGUUUGGCUUGGCACGAAUGGAUGUCUACGAUCAUCGGUCCGUUAUGUGUCUGACCACUGCUUAUACAGUAUACUUCACAUUGAUGGCCAGUUUCUUUUGGCUCAACAUCAUGUCCUUUGACAUCUAUUGGACGUUCGCUGGAAGUCGUGGAUGGAUGACUGAGCGACAAAAAUUCUCCUACUACUCUCUGUAUGCAUGGGGUACACCCCUCCUAUUCCUAUCAUUGAUUCUUCUCUUCGAUCACACGGAACUCCUUAGCUACGAUUUGCGACCGAAUGUUGGUGAGGAAGGGUGUUUCCUUAAGAAUGAAAAGCUGACUCAAUUUCUAUAUGUGUACUUGCCGCUGUUACUUCUUAUCAGUGCAAACAUAUUCUUCUUCGCUAGUACUGCCAUUCGCAUUUACAAAACAGAACAAGCAAACGUCGUUAUGAUGAAAGGCAAUUCGAGGCGCCACACGAAAGCUCAACACGAUCGCAACAGAUUUGGUCUGUACCUUCGAUUGUUCACGAUCAUGGGUGUAACUUGGUCGCUAGAAAUUAUCAGCUGGCUGGCGACUGAUUCGAAUGAAUACUUUUCGUCGUGGAUCGUCUACGUUCUGGAUUUUUGCAACUGUCUUGUGGGCAUCAUUAUCUUUUUCAUGUUUGUCUGGAAGCAAAGAGUAAAGAAGCUUUUGGUUCAGCGGUCAAAAAGUAUUCCGGAAACAAAGUCCAACACGAAUACAUUACGAACUACCAAAUCAACAGAUGAAACACCAAUGAAUUCCAUAGCGAUGAGUAACAUGAAUCAUGAUCAAGAAUGUUUGGGAUAUACAGGAAUGUGAACAUCAACAUCUUUAAACAAACGACCGGUUCGACGGCCUUUAUUCGCAUGAUCUUGAUUCUACCAUUUCGUCUCUUACGCAUUUAUGGACCCUUCUUUAAAGGAUAUACUCGACCUAAAUUCACUUCGGCCACACGAACACGCGUCAUCCUUAUCGGCACCCAUUACGACCAAUGUGCUUAUCACGGAUCUCCCCGCAUGCUGCACGCUGGUCCAACUGACGAAAACCAGCUCAUUGAGCGAAUCACCAAAAUCUCGCUAGCAAGAAACAUGUACGCUUUUUGCUCAUUCAGAAAUGUACCACACUGUAACCUCAGUGUUCACGCGCUGCGGCUUCUUUCCAGAAUGGAGAAUAAAGCCGCCGUUUAAUCACCCGGACACAAUUCAUUAGACAAUCAGCUGGAGCGUUGUAAACAAGUAGAAGCUCGCGUUCAAAAGAGUGGAAU